CUGGAAACUUAGGCAACAUGGCGGACCACUUUGCCAAGGAGAGCGACUAUGGCUACAUCCGCAAGGUCUCCGGACCUGUGGUCAUUGCUGAUCACAUGGCCGGAGCUGCCAUGUAUGAGCUUGUGCGCGUGGGAGCUGACAAUCUGAUUGGUGAAAUCAUUCGUCUGGAGGGAGACAGCGCAACGAUCCAGGUGUAUGAGGAGACGGCUGGCCUGUGCGUGGGCGACACCGUGCUGCGCACAAAGAAGCCUCUCUGCGUGGAGCUGGGCCCUGGUAUCCUGGGCAACAUCUUCGAUGGCAUUCAGCGCCCGCUCAAGCAAAUUGCCCAGCAAAGCGGUGAUGUGUUCAUUCCCCGUGGCGUGGCAGUCCCCGCUCUUGAUAUUGUUAAACAAUGGGAAUUCCACCCCAAGGGCUUUAAGGUUGGUGACCGCAUCACUGGGGGAGAUAUUUAUGGUAUCGUUGCGGAGAACAGCCUUAUCGAGCACCGCCUUAUGCUUCCGCCUGGAGCGCGCGGUACCGUCACUUACAUUGCCUCGUCGGGCCACUACAACGUGGAUGAGGAGAUUAUCGAGGUGGACUUCCAGGGCCAGAAGAAGAAGUACAGCAUGAAGCAGCUGUGGCCAGUGCGCAUGCCGCGUCCGGUAGCGCAGAAGCUCAUUGCGGAUACGCCGCUCUUGACUGGCCAGCGUGUGCUGGAUGCGCUUUUCCCGUCCGUGCUGGGUGGUACAUGCGCUAUCCCCGGUGCGUUCGGUUGCGGUAAGACCGUCAUUUCGCAGGCGCUGUCGAAGUAUUCAAACUCUGACGGCAUUAUCUACGUGGGUUGCGGUGAGCGCGGCAAUGAGAUGGCUGAGGUGCUGGCGGAGUUCCCGGCACUGACUAUGACUUUGCCGGAUGGGCGCGAGGAGUCCAUCAUGAAGCGCACUUGCCUGGUCGCGAACACGUCGAACAUGCCUGUGGCCGCUCGUGAGGCCUCCAUCUACACUGGCAUUACUUUGGCGGAGUACUUCCGUGACAUGGGCUACCACUUCUCUAUGAUGGGUGACUCCACGUCGCGCUGGGCCGAGGCCCUCCGUGAGAUUUCGGGUCGCCUGGCAGAGAUGCCUGCCGAUUCCGGUUACCCGGCCUACCUGGGAGCCCGUCUUGCGUCCUUCUACGAGCGUGCUGGUCGCGUGCAGUGCUUGGGUGGGCCAAAGCGCGAGGGAUCGGUCACCAUCGUCGGCGCUGUGUCGCCACCGGGUGGUGAUUUCUCGGACCCUGUCACGGCAGCUACUCUGGCCAUCGUGCAGGUCUUCUGGGGUCUGGACAAGAAACUGGCGCAGCGCAAGCACUUCCCAUCGGUCAACUGGCUCAUCUCGUACUCGAAGUACACAAAGGCGCUGGAGCCCUUCUACGACAAGUUCGAUCCCGAGUUUGUCCAGCUGCGUACCAUCUUCCGCGAGGUGCUGCAGAAGGAGGAUGAGCUCAAUGAAAUUGUGCAGCUUGUGGGCAAGGACGCCCUAGCCGAGUCGGAUAAGGUCGUGCUGGAGACGGCCAGGUUCAUCAAGGAUGACUACCUACAGCAGAACUCGUUCACCAAGUACGAUAAGUACUGCCCAUUCUAUAAGAGCGUGGAGAUGAUGCGGAACAUCUCCACAUUCCAUCGCCUGGCAACAGCUGCUAUUGAGAAGACGGCUGCCGGCAAUGCAGAGGGACAAAAGAUUACUCUCAACGUCAUUAAGCAACGCAUGGGCGACACGCUGUACAAGCUUACCAGCCAAAAGUUCGAGGAUCCGGCUGAGGGCGAGGAGGUGGUUAGGCGGAAGCUGAAGACUGUCUACGAGGAGCUAUCUGACCGUUUCCGCGCUCUUGAGGAGGAGUUCCGAUGAUUUGUUGCCACUUACCGGAUACCACAACACGGUCGUAAGGUGGAUGUGUGGACACUUAAGUGCCAAAUGAAUUGGCGAAGCAGCUGGCACUGGGCACUUGCACGGACGAGGGCGGGGGUUAGGGGUGAAAGGGAAGCCAUGGAACCGAAAGUGGCUUGCGGAAGGUGGAGGUAGGCGUGGUUAAUUAACAUGCAACCGUAACAUGUUUUAUAUUAAAAUGGAACGGAAGCUAUGUUGCAGCGUCCGCCAUCACGCUUCGUGAUCUUUUGAGGGCAGCAGGCUAUGGGUUACGUGCGAUCACAGGUGUGUGCGGGAGCUUCAGCACGGCAUUCGUUCGUUGAACUCGAGACGUAGUUUAGCAGCGUCUUGCCUUGACCAUUUUUGACAGAUAUACGAAGAAAUUGGCCGCUGUACAUUCCGUGAACAUAUGCCACUUUGAUUGAAACCAUGUCGGCAUGGCUACAGUAUCAUUCAACCUAAUUGAUAAGGUACAUACGUACACGAUCACAGAAUUUUACAUCAAUGGUCUGGGACAAAGUGGAUCGACAUGCAACUCGUCGUGCAAUUGGGAAUCCACCGUUGGCGCAAAAUUCAUGGCUUGCAACCC